CCACCUCAGGACGACGUGUGCAUAUUUCCAUAGGUGGCAAGAUAUCUCCUUACACUUUUCGCUCACAGAAUGUAGCAUCGGUCAGCACGAAUGCACUCGGGCAGAAUCGGAACUGAUCAUGGCAUUUCGGCGUCAUAUUGACACGGGGAAAAAAUUAUUACCAUGGUCGCUAUGAGUCAGCAUGCGAAAGACGUGUCCGGAGAUUCAGUACAUAAGCUCACGAGUCCAAAUUAUCAACGUCGAGGAUAUGGCCACUGCCGCAAUCUCAGAUCAUGUUCAAUGCCAUCGCCUUGAGCAUACCUCUCGCUACCGCUACAUUCGCGCUUCAAGAGGUUGUAUUUCACAUUGUUGGCUUUGCCUUCGAAUACUGUGAUUCACAUUCCCUCUUCCUCCGUUCCAAAGUACGGACAUCGGACCGACGCAAAUAUGUCGAGCUACUGCCCAGAGUCCUGUUCAACCAGUUCUUCUUGCUGCUACCAGCCAUGCUGUUUAUGGAACGCACCGGACUCGCAUUCUCGGGACCUUCUCGAAUAUCACCAUUACGCUUCUUGAUCGGCCUAGUGGGCAUGGCGAUCGGUCACGAUGUCGUUCAGUAUCUCUUCCACCGUCAUCUGUUACACAGACCCAAUCUCAAGCUCAUGAAAUGGCUGCGUCACUCGCUUCACCAUUCAACAUCAGCGACCAAGGCUGUCAGCGCAUGCUACAUGUCACCACCGGAUUUCCUGCUUGAGAUCAUUUGUCCAUAUUUGAUCCCGCUGGCUGUGUUUGGGAACCAUGCGGAUCCUCGAUUCCACCUCCUGAUUGCUGGAGUCGGUGCUAUUGGAGGUCUAUACGAGCACUCGGGCUACGACUUCUCAGCGCCAUUGAAGCCAUCCCGCUCGGUCAGUAGGGGCGGCACCCCAGAGAAAGGGAUCAAGGAGCAUGUUGAAGAAGACGAGGACGGACUUAAAGGGAUCACCGCAUUUGCCGUCGACCUGUUAGCCUCCUUCCUGGACAACCGUGCACAUUCCGAGCAUCACACUCGCGCCAACGUUUCAUUCUCCGACGGUUUCGGCAGUCCGGGGAUCUGUGAUACGUUGUUCGGAACACGAUGGGACUUGACACCGAGACAGAGUCGGCUGGUGGAAGCAGAGUGGAGGGACAUGAGAAAGCAGGACCAGCAAUAGAAUCAGCAUAUCAUCCUAUAAUUCGAAACGACGGCCUAUAAUUCUUGAUGACAUGAUUUUCUACCCACAUAGACCGUGAAGCCCGGAAUGCAAGCCGAGCAUGGUGCCGAUGAUGCUGCAGUAGC